AUGGCAAGCAAAAAUAAAUUCAACCUGGCAAAUUUAUGUUUUGCAAAUAAUGUUGAAACAAAUAUGUUCGACAAACCUUUAAACUUUAAUGGUCAACUGCAAAUAAUAGAAGAAGCUACUGAAUUACCUGAAACUGAAACUGAACCUGAUAAAUUCACUGAUUCAGAGGAGGAAUUAUAUCCUCUAACAAAAGGACAAAGUUUUGUAAAUUGGAAGGAUGUUGAGAGGUAUAAUAAAAAUUAUAUAAAAAGUCAUUCUCUUUAUAGUAAAGGCUUUGGGUUAAUGAAAAAAGCUUUGAACAUGGCAAUUGAAACUGGUCGAAAGCAUCAAAAACAUAUAGUAGCUUUCAAUGAUGGAGUGCAGAAAAAAGUAUUAAAAGAAAAUACUAACGUUCAGCAUAAUAAAAAUUUAAUAAGGUCAGAUAACUCUAGCAUUAGUAUUGAGUCAAUCGAUAUGGGUGGUGAUGCACAAGUUCAAGUAAGCCAAGAUCAAGAUCAAAUAAUGUAUGAUCAAAAUAUGGACACACAUGAAAAUCAAAGGACAGUUAUGGUAAUCAAUAAUGAGGCAAGAAAAAAUGAUCAUAUAUAUAUAGACAUUGUGGUAAAAAUGGUUAUCGAAGGUCUCGUUGUCCUGAUAUUAUGA